AUGGCUUUUCUUCUGGAACUCAUCCCCAUCAUUGCUGAAGCCGCAGAGGCCGGCGGAGCAGCUGCAACCGUAGCUGAGGCAGCAGCCCCGGAGGUCGCCAGUGUUGCUGUAGAUGCUGGUGCCGCUGCAUCCGAAGGCGCCGCAGCCGGAGUAGACACUGGCGCGGCCGGAGCAGACGCUGCAGCGGAUGCCGCUGCUCAGGCAGUAUCCAAAGUCCCCGUUUUCGACAUGACCACGAGUGGGACAACGGCCGGAGCCAAUGCGGCUCGAGAGGCCAUCAUGCAAGGGGCCAUACAGUUUGGAAAGUGGGCAGCCAAUGAGGCAGCUAAGCAGGCUCUAUUCUAUGCUGGUAUGAAAGCUGCCGGUGCACUCUUUCAGGCUGCCGCGGCCUCCUCUCCAAACGAUCCCGCGAUUGCCGCUCUUGCUGCCAAAUUCAAUCAAACAACCGCAGCAGUGAAUGCUUUGCACACCACUACGCAAGACUGGGCGCAGUGGUCGACAGCCCAUUACGAUAAUAGGGCUUCUUAUGGCACGGUAAAUGCCGCGGGGGCCAAUCUGACACGGUUCGAGAUUCUCCAAUACAAUCUCGGCUCUCUGGCCGACGCUCUCGGCCAGAAUGUUACACCCGCUCUGGUAACCUUCAACACUACUAAGAACGAAGCAAACUUGGACACUCUUCGGACUGCCCUUUUGGCAUACGCACAGAAUGUCAAAGGGCAAAGCGAUUCAAUCACGAACAAUGAGCAGGCCAUGGUUUCCGAUGGGCUUCAGGCUCACCAAAGCGAUGUAGCUGGGGCGAUUACAUCACUUACUUAG